UUAAACCUCUUCUUCAUUUGACUCCACUUAAACCUUAUCUCUAACGUGUAUUCUUUCAAACCAAGUUCCAGAUCUCUUCAUGUUGAAACAUAUCCAACAAUUAUAAGGAUCAGUGUCUGAAUGACAAUACAAGUCGUUGAGGUUUCCCGAGUCACCCCAGCUCAUGACUCGGACUCGGCCAACUCGUUAGCACUACCGUUGACUUUCUUCGAUAUACCAUGGCUAGUGAUCAGCCCAGUCAAGCGAGUCUUCUUCUACAGUCUCACCGAGUCCGAGUCGACUCGUGAGCAUUUCCACUCCUCCAUCCUCCCUAAGCUCAAGCUCUCCCUCUCCCUUGCCCUCCGCAGCUACCUCCCUCUCUCAGGCCGCAUCAUCUCCGACCCAAAACCGACCAUCAUCGUCUCCCCAAACGACGCCGUUUCACUGACCGUCGCAGAAACCGACUCUGAUUUCUCUCUUCUCUCCGGCUUCGGACAACGUCCAGCUUGGGAGUUACACACUCUCAUCCCCGAGUUACCUCUUUCCGAUGACGACUCCUCGGCCACGGUCUUAUCCCUUCAGAUCACCUUGUUCCCGGGCCAAGGAUUCUCCAUCGGCGUCACCGCACACCAUGCCGUUUUAGACGGGAAAACGUCAACCAUGUUCGUCAAAGCUUGGGCUCACUUUUGCAAACACGAAAACGUUGUCGUUCUACCGGAGACUCUAAUUCCUUCUCUUGACCGGUCCUUGGUCAAAGAUCCCACCGGACUCCUCCACGAGCAGAUGAUCAAGCUCGUGAGAUCUCUCACCGACGACGGCAAAAUCAUCGCGAGCAGAAACCUGAGUUCUUCCCCCGCUUGGGAACGCGGAGACGACGGCGUCUUCUCCACGCUCGUGCUGUCGCGCGGCGACGUUGAGAGACUCCGGGAGCGAGUCAAGAACGAGUCGGGUCAGAGUCAGAGUCAGCUCCUCCACCUGUCGACUCUCGUCGUCGCCUACGCUUACGUGUGGACGUGCCUCGUGAGGGCGCAAGGAGGCGACGCGGAGAGGCACGUGAGUUUACUCUUCGUCGCCGACUUCAGGGAGCGGCUCGACCCGCCGCUCCCGGCGACUUACUUCGGGAACUGCAUGUUUCCGGCGGGUUGCUUCGACGGGAAGACGGCGGGGGAUUUCGCGGGAGAGGGAGGGUUCGUGGCGGCGGUGGAGAUACUCAGCGGUUUGGUGAAAGGGCUGAGGUCGAGAAAGAUAGAGACGAUCGCGGAGGAGUUCAAGAUUGGUUUUGAUUGCGUGGGCGUGACGUCACAGUUGGGUUCGUUAUCCGGGUCGAACCGGUUGGGCGUGUACGAGGCGGAUUUUGGGUGGGGAAGACCGGUUAAGGUUGAUGUUGUUUCGAUCGAAAGAAACACGAUUUCGAUGGCGGAGAGACGUGACGAAUCAGGUGGCAUUGAACUCGGACUGUGCAUGAAGAAGGCUGAACUGGACGUCGUCCUUGCUUUGUUCAACAGUGGUUUGCAAAACUAAUAAACUCUGUUUUGUUUCCUAACAAAAAUUUCAAAUAAGGUCUCUUGUGAUGCUUUUUGAUUAUUACUCCAACCACAUAAUAAGUGUUAUUGAUGAUAUGGUUAUUACAACAAAGCUAGCAUUUGAGGAAGAUUA